ACUCAGAAGAAGAGCUCAACCCGGAAAUUGCGGUACCUGCUUCUUCCUUUGCGAAGGCGGAUAAACAAACUAAAAGCAUGCAAACAAUUUUUUAUUUUUUAUUAUUUUAAACAUUUUUUUUACGUCCCCGUAAAUUGAAAGAUGAUUUACUUCCAUAACCUGAUGUGGUGAUUUUUCUGGAAUAAAGGAAGAAAGAGAGUUAGCGUCCCAGCUGCUGUGAGAAGCUGCAGCUAGCGUAGCUAAGCUGUUAGCUGGACUUGUUUAUUUCAGUGCUCGUUCGAAGGAGCGCGACAUGAUGGCAUGAAAUCGACGCAGGGAUAGAAAACUGCUCGAUUUUUAAAUUAGAAUUAAAGGUUGUGGGGAAGCAGGUGUAGAGCUCGAGUUGACUUUUGACCGGAACUUCACUUCACUUCGUGAAAUCCUCACACCGUCACCAUGGCGUGGGCUCUGAAACUGCCCCUCACGGAUGAAGUGAUAGAGUCCGGACUGGUCCAGGACUUUGAUGCCAGUCUCUCCGGCAUAGGGCAGGAGCUUGGUGCUGGGGCGUACAGUAUGAGUGAUGUCCUCGCCCUCCCCAUCUUCAAACAGGAGGAAUCCAACCUGCCUGCUGAUAAUGAAAACAAGAUUCUGCCGUUCCAGUAUGUUCUGUGUGCAGCUACCUCUCCAGCCAUUAAACUGCAUGAUGAAACACUCACCUACCUCAACCAAGGGCAGUCCUAUGAAAUUCGAAUGCUUGACAAUCGGAAAAUUGGAGAGCUUCCAGAAAUCACUGGGAAAAUGGUGAAGAGUAUUAUUCGUGUGGUGUUUCACGACCGUCGGCUUCAGUAUACUGAGCACCAGCAGCUGGAAGGCUGGCGCUGGAACCGGCCGGGAGAUCGCAUCCUCGCCCUGGAUAUCCCCAUGUCGGUGGGAAUUAUUGACCCCAGAGCCAACCCCACUCAGCUCAACACUGUGGAGUUUCUCUGGGACCCUUCAAAAAGAACCUCUGUCUUUAUUCAGGUUCACUGCAUCAGCACAGAGUUCACCAUGCGCAAGCAUGGCGGGGAGAAAGGCGUCCCUUUCCGAAUCCAAAUCGACACGUUUAAGGAGAAUGAGAGCGGAGAGUACACUGAGCAUCUCCACUCUGCCUCCUGCCAGGUCAAAGUCUUCAAGCCCAAAGGCGCUGACAGAAAACAAAAGACGGAUCGGGAGAAGAUGGAGAAGAGGACGCCUCAGGAGAAGGAGAAGUACCAGCCUUCCUAUGAAACGACCAUCCUGACAGAGUGCUCUCCUUGGCCUGAAGUCACAUACGUAAACAACUCUCCAUCUCCUGGCUUCAACAGCUCGCAUAAUAGUUUUCCUGUUGCUGAAGGGAAUGGGUCACCGAGUCACCAGCCUGAGCCUGUUGUUCCGGUAGCAGAUAAUUUGUUAGGAACAGCCACCCCACAGGACACACAACAGUGGCUUCUCAGAAACCGCUUCUCCCCAUUCUGUCGUCUCUUCACAAACUUCUCAGGAGCAGAUCUGUUAAAGUUAACGCGAGAGGAUGUUAUUCAGAUCUGCGGGCCGGCUGAUGGUAUUAGACUCUUUAAUGCGCUUAAGGGACGGGCCGUGCGUCCAAGACUCACCAUCUAUGUUUGCCAGGAGUCCCAGCAGGCUCGGGAGCAGCAACCAAAACAUGAAAACGGAGAUGCUGCCAGCACUUUCUAUGUCUAUCACGCCAUUUACCUAGAGGAACUCACAUCUACUGAACUGACUGAGAAGCUUGCUCAGCUCUUUAACAUUUCACCCAGACAGAUAAAUCAGAUCUUUAAGCAAGGACCCACUGGCAUCCAUGUACUGGUUAGCGAUGAGAUGAUUCAGAACUUCCAAGAUGAAGUUUGUUUUGUUCUAGACACAAUGAAAGAUGAAACGAGUGAUGCCUACCACAUCAUUUUAAAGUGAUUACUAAGCACGAUGACGUCCCAAGCUUUGGUUUUGUGCUUGUAGACCUGCUGUCAGCACCUUUGAAGCAUCAUGCAUCAUACUCCUUGUUGUUUUUGGAUGAUACAGACUCUAAUUGAAACCUUUUGUGGCAGCUAGGCACAACAUGCAGAUGAAACAUCUGGCACUCUUACUUCAUAUACCUUAUUGUCUUACUUUUGAGGGAAUGGCUGCUACUACAGUGAUGUUAAAGUCCCCUCCAUUCCCUGCCAACGUCAAGCGGUUGCAUAUUCAUGUGGUUCACGAGUCAAGAAAAGGUCAGCAGCACUGUGAUGGCUGUUGUAAGAUUUUAGCAUCUGGUGUGUCGUUGAUUUAUUGUGGUCUUAUUAAAAAGCCUGAAGCGGGGAGGAAAAUAGAUGCUAAUACUGACAGUACUUGCAUUUCAGUAUGAGUUCUUGUCCUUGUAUUAGAUUGUUUUAAAAGAAAAAGUGUGAAUCUGGUUAAAAUGGCUUAGACAGUCAAAUAUCUUCAGGUAGGAUCCACAAGAACAUCUAAAACAACCAGAUUGAUAACAAAAAUUGUUUUUACGAACUGUUUUUUGGACAUUUCUGAAAAUGGCUUAUUAUUUAAAAAGUAUUUUUAAAGCAAUCUGUUCCAUCUUAUUUGUGUAGACAGCUUAAUGUCCAUGUGGUUGUUGAUGACUGAUAAAACGGCCUUUGUUGUUAGUGAUCACUUUGGCUUCACCAGCAAAACUUCUUAAUUGCUUCCUGCAUGUUCCACCUUUUCAGCUCACUAGCUUUUCUGUUUGUUUUUAACAUUUGCCAACUUUAAUGUAAUUGGCGUCAUUGUUUUAAAGUUGUAAUUAUGAUUGUGUUUGACCAUACUUUUUUAAAUAUUUGUAACAAACUUUGUAGGUUUGUCUCUGGAUGAUAACACUGUCAACUUUAUUUUUAUAGUAGUUUGCUGGAAAAGGCAGAUCUGCAGAUAAAAUGGUGUGAUAGAAUUGGUUUCAACCCUUUGUAAAUUAAGUUUAUAGUUUGUUAUUUUAUCUAAUUGCUUCAUCUCAAUAUUAAAAUGUUUACCAAUGUAA